GCCGCUUUAAGAGAGCGAAGCUAACUUGUAGCACUGGCUAGCUUUUGGUCGGCCAGUGGCUGAAGGUGAGGAGAUUCCGCUGAAAACAAGUCAGAACGGCCCAAUUCGGAAAACAUGGAGACGGAGCAAUCGGACGGCUGAGUUUUAACUUUGGGGGAUUUCGUUUUGAUCAAAGGACUUUUGAGACAACGCACAAGACUGUUUGGAUUCUCCGUAAAACUGACAUGAACAACCUGAAGAGAGUUUACACAAGAAUUUUCGUGGAGAAACGUGCUUUUCAUGGAUUUGGUUUAUAGGUAGCUAGCUAACGUUAUAUUUAGACUUUGGGAUUAUUGUUGCAAAGUUUCAAAUCAGGAUACCGACAGAAACAUUGUACUGCAGUGAAACGCGUUUUUCCAUGCUUGCAUUUCAGUAUUGUUUGCUUUAGUUCAGGGGACUACUUUGAAUUCACAAAGGAUCGUAAAGCCGAUGUGUUUUAAUUCGACGCGUUUGGGACGCCUGGUUGGGGGGAAAGGUUCUCCAUUUUCCAGACCUCAGGCUAACACCAUCGCUAGCUAGCUGGGUUAACUGUUAGCUGUCCUAAAAUUUCAGAGGCCUACUCCAUUCAGAGGUGUAAUGUUACUGGCGUUUAGUCGUUGGAAUAAUAGUGACUUUUCUACUGAAGGAUUGUUUCCUUCUUUUAACGCCAAAGUUCUUACAUUCUCAUGGUCACGAGGAACUAGUCCUUUGCUCUCAUUAAAUGCAUUGCUCUGUGAUAUCAAGCUAGCUAGUACGCUACCCGAAACAACUAAGUUUAUUUAUCGAUUUAUGUUAAAAACAAAAUGAAAACAACACCUUGCAGUUGGUAAAACUAGCUGCAAAACGUCCAGUUGGGUUGAAAGUUUGCAAGUAGCGUGUUUAUUUCAGGCUGGUGGAGAAGCAUCCAAGUGGCCACGUUUGUAUGAAAUCGAACUGGAAGGAGCAUAAAAAUGUCCACUUUCAGCUGAUUUGAGACUCAUCCCAUGAAGCGCUAGCUAGCCCACUUGAUGUGUUUAGUUCGUGUUUUAUGCUAAAGACUUUUGCUGACAAAUGUUUCAAGUUGCUUACAAUUUACACUGUAUCUUUUGGAAACGAUCAAAGCACAAUUUGUUUUGGUUUUGAUAAAUGCGGGUGUUGGCAGUAUUACAGCGGCGUCGACGGGUGCAUGAUUAUCAGGGAAUGAAGAAUUGACACUACAUAACCAACUAGCUACGGCAAAUUAAGCUUACUUUUGCCAGCUAUUUAUUUACUUCCUGCUUGAGAGAAGACUGUUAGUUGUGUUUUUAUAUUUUGUUAUGUUCAAGCGGUGUUGUUUUAUUACCGACUGUUAAAUAUUUUGUUACUUUGUCUCCACUGAUUUGUUAGCUUGCUAGCUAGCUGGACUUGUUCAUCUUGCAUUUCUGACGUAUGUCCAGCUGCCGACUGCAACCGAAUACCAGCACACACGGACACGAAAGACACCUGUCGAUAAACCCUGAAUAGCGCAUUCAGAGUUUUCAAUUUAUUCCAUAAUUUCUCCUGAUUAACAUCUCUGGACGAUUCGAAUACGAACAAACGGACUUCGCCAUUGACGGAUGUUAGGGAUACAGCAAAAGUGGUGCACUGCUUCAUAUUUGUGAAGAUGCUCAUUGGAUGUAAACCGCUGGAAAAGUAGAUACGGAAGCCCAAUGAGUGACACACAGUCCACAAUCACUGACAGGUUUCCUAAAAAAGCAAACCGAAGCAGCAGUAUUCUCAGCAAAGACCACCCCCCAGACAAGAAGCCCAAGAGUGAUCGAGGCUCCCUCUCUCCGCCUCACGAGUUUGACCCCACAGAUGUUCAGCUGCAGAGGAAAGCAGGCAGUGAGGUACUGGAGACCCGGCCUGAGUCCUGUGGGCUUGUGCAGAGAUGCGUGAUCAUCCAGAAAGAUGAGAACGGCUUCGGGCUGACGGUGAGCGGAGACAACCCCGUGUUUGUGCAGCUCGUCAAGCAAGAUGGAGCGGCUAUGCGAGCUGGUGUUCAGACGGGGGACAGGAUCAUUAAGGUUAACGGGACCCUAGUUACACAUUCAAACCAUGUUGAGGUUGUCAAGUUGAUCAAAUCGGGUUCAUAUGUAGCACUCACAGUUUUGGGGCGCCCCCCCGGGCUCCCCCAGAUUCCGCUCAAUGAGGGGGACGCUGAGCUGUCCUCGCCCCUCUCCACCCUCCUCUCGGCUCACACACAGCCUCCCUCCUCGCCCCUCCACGCCUGGGAAGAGAAUAGUGGCAGCCAAAAGGUCGACAUCUUGCAGAGGAUGUUGUCGAAGGAGCAGCAGGAGUUACAGGCGUGGAGGGAGGAAUACCUUCGGCACCCCACCCCCAAACUGCAGCGGGACAUUCAGGAGGCCCAGAAGCACAUUCCACAUCUGCAGGACCAGAUUAGCAAAGCCAUCGCAGCUACGCAGGAUGUCCUGUGUUUGGGGGAUGGCGAUGAACGCGGUGUGGUUGAAUGGGACCAGAGCAGCAGCAGCACUGAAGGCGUUUGGAGUGGACAUCAGAACUAUCGGCCCUUCAGCUCUCCAGAUGGGGCGGGGCCCAGAGACGGUAGCUACCCCAGCUCCAGAAGCUCCGCCCCCACAGACAGUCCCCGUAGCGCCCCACGAAACAGCCUCACUUCCUGGAUGUCUCCAGAGCCGGACACAGAGGAAAACACAGACCUGGACCCUCACGCUGCGGUGGGGAGCCCCUCGUCUCGGCUGGGCCCCCAGAUCAUCGGCGCGGAGGAUGACUACUUCGACUCAGAACCUGAUCAGGUGAACGGCCAGUGCAGUUGUUUCCAGAGCAUCGAGCUGCUGAAGUCUCGCCCCGCCCACCUCGCUGCCUUCCUGCAUCACGUGGUGUCACAGUUUGACCCUGCCCCUCUGCUCUGCUACCUGUAUGCUGAGUUGUACAAAAACACCAACUCCAAAGAGACGCGCCGGGUCUUCAUGGACUUCCUGAACAUCUUCAUCGACCGGGCAGCUAACUUGAAAGUGCCGCUUCCUGAGUCGAUCUCCUCCGAGCUGGAGAAGAGGCGUCUGGAGCUGAUUCCAGAGGAGCUGCACAGGCAGUACAUUCAGCAGAUGCAGGAAAAACUCUUACCAGACAUACAGCGCCACCUAGAGGACUUCAGGCAGAAGCGCAGUAUGGGCCUGACUGUGGCUGAGGGGGAGCUGAUGCGUUUGGACACGGAGCGCCUGAGAGACCGAGUGGCUCUGGAGAGAGAGAGGACCUGUGCGGAGAACAUCAUCAGCAAGAUCGAGGAAGUGCUGUUGACCUCUCAGCCCCCAGAAGAAGAGAAGAGCUCCACCAUGCAGUACGUGAUCUUCUCCUACAUGAAGCACUUGGGCGUCAGGGUGAAGGAACAGCGCAACCUGGAGUCCAAACGAGUCCGCAUCAACUUCCUGCCCAAGAUCAAAAAAAGCACCAAACCUCCGGAGAAAGAGGGAGAGGAGAAGGUGAAGAAAACUCGAUUUCCCAGCAUCCUCGGACCACAGAGGCGUCUCAGUCGCAAUGAUACAACGUCAAUAGGCCGUGCGAUGGACCAGAGUAAGCAGCGGCCCCAGAAGCAGCUGUCCCAGCCAGUGAUGGGCGUGUCGGAGCCGCUGGAUGGGGGUCGUCUGCGGGGCAGCCAAUCCAGCGAGGGCUCAGAGCUCACCUACCCCACAGGCCUCAGCGGCUCCCCCCUCUACAGCCCCCCCACAGCCUCCUACGACCCCUCCGCCAGGGACUCGGACAGCGGAAUGUCCCCCUUGUCCGGGGCGUCACGGUUGUCUGAGGGUCUUCUCUCUGAGGGGAUGGACGGACCCCAGUCUCCCUCCAGCGGCCUCGACCUGAGCCCCAGCAACCUGGAGCAGCUACCGGAGGAGGAUAGAGAUAGUGACAGGUUUCUGGAAGGAGGGACACCCAAGAUGCUGAGGAGGCUGGGUGUGGUGGGCUCUGCAGAGACCCAGAGCGAGGAUGACCAGGGCUCAGAGAUGGACUCGGACCUGGACCGACCAAACUGGCAGCAUCAGGUGGGCCGUGAGGUUCUGGCCGGUCUCACGCCCCACCAGAUCAAGAGACAGGAAGUCAUCAACGAGCUGUUCCACACGGAGCGCACCCAUGUGCAGAAACUGAAGGUGCUGGACUCGGUCUUCUGCCAGAAGAUCACCCGAGACAACAUACUGCCCCCUGCUGACAUCAAGAGCAUCUUCACCAACCUGGAGGACAUCAUUCAGCUGCACGUCUCCAUAUCGGACCAGAUGACCUCCAUCCGAAAGAGGAACGACACCCCGGUGGUUGACCAGAUUGGAGAUGACCUGCUGGCCUGGUUUGGGGACUGUGAGGAGGAGCGGGUGAAGCAGGCAGUGGCCACCUUCUGCAGUAACCAGCCCUUCGCUCUGGAGCUCAUCAAGACCAAGCAGAAGAAGGACACGCGCUUCAGCGCCUUCAUGCAGGAGGCUGAGAGAGAUCGUCUGUGUCGGCGACUCCAGCUGAAGGACAUCAUCCCUGCUGAGAUGCAGAGAGUCACCAAGUAUCCUCUGCUCCUGGACGACAUCAGCAAAUACACAGAGGAGGCUGAGGAGAAGGAGAAGGUUAAGAGUGCAGCUGACUGCUGCAGGAGGAUCCUGAACUACGUGAACCAGGCCGUGAAGGAGGCUGAGAACAAACAGAGGCUGGAGGACUACCAGAGGCGAUUGGACCUGUCGUCUCUGAAGCAGAGUGAGAAUCCCAUGAUCUCCGAGUUUAAGAACCUGGACUUGACCAAGAAGACGAUGGUGUAUGAGGGCCCCCUGUCCUGGAAGGUCAACAAAGACAAGACCAUCGAGCUUUACACGCUGCUCCUGGAGGACAUCCUAGUUCUCCUCCAGAAGCAGGAUGAUCGUUUGGUGCUGAAGUGCCACAGUAAGAACCUGGCAGGAACCGCCGACACCAAACACAUCUUCAGCCCCGUCAUCAAGCUCAGCACAGUCAUGGUCCGAUCAGUCGCUACAGAUAACAAGUCCUUCUUUGUGCUGUCCAUGUCCGACAACGGAGCUCAGAUCUACGAGCUGAUGGCCCAGACCGUCUCCAAGCAGAGGACGUGGCAGCGUCAGAUCAGUCAGAGAGCAGAGGCCAUGAAGGUGAAGCCACACAGUGUCAUCCCCCUGCCUCAGCCGGAUGAGAGGGACGGUGUGGAGCUGAUCUCCUCAGGUGUGUCCAAACUAGGGAAGGACUCUGACCGCCUCUCUUCAGGGAGCAUCCACUCUACAGGAACGAUGAAGGCAGAUGAGGACGACGACGUCAUCCCAGAGGAAGGCCCCUUCCUGGAUGCAGAGGGGGCUGAUGGGAUAGCGUUCCUCCAGCCGCAUCAUCAGGGCGGAGCCACAGACGGCAGGGAUCUGGAGCCCUACAGAGCCGAGGAGGCACUCAAAACCUUGGCGUCGCUGAAGCAGGUGUUGCUGGCCCAGCUCAUGACUCAGGAGGAGAGCUCUCGCGGGGGCCGGGGAUCGGGCAACCGGCUCCUGAGGACCACGUCGCUGCGCACCCCCGCCGUCGACUCCCCCAGCAGGGCCACGCUGGAGAACGGCUCGGGGCGGGAGGCUGAGGCCAGAGCGGACCGAGGGGGACCACAGGACCUGGCCUCGGGGGACACGGGGUUCUUCGAGGCGGCUGAGGACUAUGCUGGGUACCUGGUGCUGGAGGGCUUCGGAGGCUCCCGGGAGAGCAGCACGGAUGACGAGCUGGCAGUGGGGGUGGGCGCGGGGGCCAAGGGCCUGGCUCUGUCCCGUGGCUGUGUGGGGGACUCGGGCAUCAGCCUGCGCUGCCCCUCGGGGUACCCCACCGGCAGCAUCUCCACCUUCAGCCGCCAGGUCUUCACACACCUGCGCAACCUGCAGGCCAGCCUCAACCAGCUCAAGGACAUGGAGACCAAGUACUUCAGUCUGCUCCGCCAAAGGCAAGCAGACCCAGCAAUGGACUCCGAGGAGGGGAAAGAUAAGAGAUAGUGCUUCCCAGGUCUCACUGCCCAGACAACCUGGGAGGACGUUCUCCUUCUCCUUCUGCUUCUCACACCUCCUCUCUCCUCAGCCCUGGGCUCUCUCCACCUCGCGCUCUGUCUCUCACUCGCUCUCUCUCCACCUUGGUCUCUCGCUCGCGCUCUCUCUCUCUCUCCCUCCACCUCGGUCUCUCUCUCUCUCUCGCUCACCCUCAGUCUCUUUCUCUUUCUGUCCCUUCUUCUAUUUAUCAUUCUAUAACUCUGUCACUAUCUCAGCCCCUCUACUGGGUUAUCCUUUCUCAUCUGCCCGUUCACAUUCCCGCCAAGAGAUUUCCCCCAGGGCACAGGAAAGAGAGGGAGAGGGGGAGAGAGAGAGCGAGAGUAGAGAAGAGCGGAGGAAAAGAAACAAGAAGAAGAAGAAGAAAAAGAAGAAGAAGAAGAAGAGGAGGAGGAGCUUGAGCCUGUUUCUCCUCCUCUGAUGGCAAAAGGCAAUCAGGGAUGACGGACCUGCUCCCUCCCUCCAGCUACCCCAAAAUGCCCCCUGCCCCCUCACCUCGUGCCUGCCCAUGUUGUUGUAUGUCCCCUGCCCUCCCCCCACCCAUAGGGGCUUACUCACCCCCCACCCCCUGUCCCCUGCCCUUGCUAACAAGACCGAGAACUUGUAAACCAAAUUGUACAAAGUGCUGUGUGUUUAGGAUAUAUAUAUUAAACACAUAAAAGUAGAAGACAUUUAAAAAAAAAAGGAAAAAAAAAGAAAUAAAAACUUAAGUAAUGUA